ACCGAUUUGGGUGGUACACGGUGUCAAGAGACCCAAUCCAAACGGUGGGAUUAACCCUUCACAAUCAGCAAACUCCAUGGAUAAACAAUGCGGAAUCCACUCAAGCUUUCCUUCUAUUUAAUCAAUCCCCCUCUUUCCCCUUUGCGUUCUCUCUCUCUUUCUUUAUCUUUCAUUCCCACUCUGCGUUUCGUGUAAUCAGCCAUAGCCGGCCGAUCGCACCUCAAGAUCUUGAGAACGAACCCAUUUCAAUCACCCAUCUGUUUCAGUAACAAAUUCUCGGUUACUGAUAACUUAUAUAGUUGUGGGAAGCUUUGGUUGUAUCGAUGAUAGUGUGUAGGGUUAUCUUUUUGAAGUAGCGGUGUCGGUGUCGGUGUCGGUAGACUUUUAGGGUUAGGGUUUUCUGGAAUUGGAUGAGUAAGGUGGUGGUGGUGACAUGCUUUGUUGCGGAAUACAUUUCUGAGGAUUGCGGUUUGGUGAUUCGUAGUCGGGGUAGGUGGGGCAAAUGUGGCUGAUCUUCUUUUUUUAUUUCUGAAUUUCCGCCCAACAACCACCGCGUUACUUUUCUUGUUAGAAUUUCCUUUUUGCUUUGUGGUUUUUGAUCUGGUUUUGAUUUCGAGAAACAAGAAAGAGAGUGUUGGAGGAGGUUCACGAUGCAGCAAGAUCGUCGAAGAAAGAGUCCAAAAGACAUUGAGUUCUUCACUGAAUAUGGUGAAUCAAACCGAUACAAAAUCCUGGAGAUUAUAGGAAAGGGAAGCUAUGGAGUCGUUUGUGCAGCCGUCGACACACAGACUGGUGAAAAGCGGAUUAUGUUGCCACCAUCAAGACGAGAGUUUAAAGAUAUUUAUGUUGUAUUUGAACUCAUGGAGUCUGAUCUUCACCAAGUCAUAAAAGCCAAUGAUGACUUGACACAUGAACACCAUCGUUUUUUCCUCUAUCAAAUGCUACGAGCAUUGAAAUAUAUGCAUACAGCAAAUGUGUAUCAUCGAGAUUUAAAACCAAAGAACAUAUUAGCAAAUGCAAAUUGCAAACUCAAGAUAUGCGACUUUGGAUUAGCAAGAGCUGCAUUUACUGAUACACCCACAACAAUAUUUUGGACAGAUUAUGUUGCAACAAGAUGGUAUAGAGCUCCUGAGUUAUGCGGAUCUUUUUAUUCCAAGUAUACCCCUGCUGUUGAUAUAUGGGGAAUCGGAUGUAUUUUUGCUGAAGUAUUAACAGGAAAACCACUUUUUCCUGGAAAAAGUGUUGUUCAUCAAUUGGAACUUAUCACUGAUCUUCUUGGAACACCAUCACCAGAUACCAUUUCUAGAGUGCGUAAUGACAAGGCAAGAAAAUACUUGACUGAUAUGCGUAGAAAGAAAGCUGUCACAUUUUCUGAGAAGUUUCUAGAUGUUGAUCCAUUGGCACUCAGGUUAUUGCAGAGGUUGUUGGCUUUUGAUCCAAAGGAUCGACCAACUGCUGAACAGGCAUUAGCGGAUCCUUACUUCAAGGGGCUAUCGAAAGUUGAGAGGGAGCCAUCUUGUCAAUCGUUUUCAAAGUUGGAGUUUGAGUUUGAGAGAAGAAGAGUCACAAAAGAGGAUAUUAGGGAGUUGAUAUUCCGGGAGAUUCUAGAAUAUCAUCCUCAGUUGCUUAAAGAUUACAUGGCUGGAAAUGAUCGAACAAAUUUCAUUUAUCCUAGUGCUAUUGGUCAAUUUAGAAGGCAGUUUGCGUAUUUUGAGGAAAAUGUUGGGAAAAGUGGGCCUGUUAUACCUCCAGAGAGGAAGCAUGUUUCUCUUCCUAGGUCAACGGUUUCUUCAAGUAUGACUGCUCCAAAGCUGCAGCAAUGUUUGGCUGCAUUUGACAAUAAGCCAGUGGUGGAUAACAACAACAUGUCAAAUGGUGGUAGAGUUGCGGUAGAUGCUUCUGGAAACAUCUUUAGUGCUGCUGCUAGACCACCCCCAAGGAUGCCCAAAGGAAGAGUUGUGGGGCCAGUUUUACCAUUGGAGGGUAGGGGGGAGAUGAAGGAUGUGUAUGAUCCAAGGGUAAUGCUUAGAAAUGGUCCGGUUGGUGUUUCUCCACAUUAUGCAUCAUAUAGGGGCAAUAAUGGAAAUCAAGUAAAGAUUCAUGGGGGGCAAGAAGGGGAUAGGGAUUCAUUGUCCUUGAUGAAACAGCAACAGGGGGUGAAUAGUAAUCCUUAUUACAACCACGGUCAACAGUCAAAGGGAAUGGAGUCAAAGUUUAUGUCACAGUCUCAGUCACAAUCACAGUAUGGGGUUGCGGUUGCUACUCAUAGAGAGGUUGGUGUUGUUCAAAUGGGAUUAUCGUAGAGAGCUUCUUGUUUUUAUUUCUCCUUUAUAUUUGGGGUGUUUAGUUGAUGUAUAUUGCACUUGUUUUUUUUUAGUUUUGGUGAAAUAAGGAAAGAUAUUGAAAUAAAAGUGCUCUUUUUUUAUUUUACUCCUUUGCAAAGUGGUCUUAAGUUGAGUUUAAAGAUAUUAUUAGCUUCAAAUCAUGAAGCAUCUUUGAGAGGAAAUGAUUGAUUAUCUUUCCCUCGGGGAUCAAUUCAUCUUUGUUGGCUUAUAAGACGAUUUUUGGACAAGGUGAU